GUAAUGUUUCAGAAGUAUUGCUGUCAUUCAAGACUGUCUUAGUUACCAGGCUGAAUGUAGAGGGCGGGAGACAGUGGAAAGGACUAGGCAUGACGGGAUUCUGUUUUCCCUUGCAAUUUCAAUCUGAAGCUAUCGCCCUGAGGAGGCUUUAUGGAAAACUUUGACAAAGAUGCUGGAGGAAGAAAGAGGCUACGGGUGUUAAUUUUUUAAAACUUCCUUUGCCACUUCGUCAGCUCCUUACCCUGGGAUUUUGUCACAAUGACGGACUCGGAGGUGGCUGAUCACCUGACACGACUGAAAAUCAAACUCCUUGAGAAGAAACUGGAAAACGAACAGGAAACUAUGGAGGACUGUGAAUCUCCCAUUCCUGAAGCAAGGAAUUAUGGCAGCCAUGACUUUGCCUUACAAAGUGCACUGAGGCGAAGAAAAGACCUUCUGCAGCAACUCAGGGAGCAGAACCUUUUGGAAGAAUUUUCACUACCGCAUGGCUUGCCAAGAAUCCAAAGAACACACUAUAGACAGGAACCAGAGUACAGCUACCAAGCUCCUCCUCCUCCUCCACCGCCGCCGCCGCCGCCACCACCACCACCACCAAGAAUUAUCCAGCAAACUUUGCCUCAGCAACCAGCAACGAUUAUUCAACAAAUCCCUCAGCAUCCGCCGCUCAUUACCCAGAUUCCUUCUCCACAACCGUUCCCAGCCCCUCGCUCUGGGAGCAUUAAGGAAGAUAUGGUGGAAAUGAUGCUGAUGCAAAAUGCGCAGAUGCACCAGAUCAUUAUGCAGAACAUGAUGCUGAAAUCUCUACCACCACCAGCGUAUUCACCAGCUAACGGGCCUGGGGCUCCUCUGCUUCACCAUGGACAGCCGCUCAAUGCCCCUAUUGUGGUACGAGCAGAGAAAUCCCGCCCGUCAACGGUACAUCAUCAUCACUAUACAUCUGCAGCGGUGCCAGCUAUGCCUCCUCAUCUUGGCUUUCCGAUGUGGCCUUCAGUAAUGCCUCCUGGUCUUGGUACACAAGUGGGAGGAUUCCCGUCUGACUCCCACCAUCUCUCUGUCCCAACUACCACAACACACACGGUACCACCCCAUGGACUUUUUGGAUUACCCCCAGGCCUGUAGAUUUCUACAGCACCUAGAAAAGGAGGCUGGCAAAGAGAUGCUGACUGAGGAACCAGAGCCUUCUUCACAGGGUGCUUCAUUUCAAGAUGAUAUUCUUAGUCGGACUGGCAGCCAGUCUGAUCGUAUUCAUAUUUACUCAGAAGUAAAUCGUAUUUACUCAGAGUCUCUCAGAAUUCAAUGGGACUUACUUCAGAGUAAUUGUGCGUAGAAUUGUAGCCUCUGUUUUCGAUAAAAAACCGAAGUUGAUCUAGUCUAAUGUAUAAUUCUAUUCCAUGAACAUCUCCUAAGGACUGCUACUGUUGGCGGUGGUGGGGGCAGUUGUCAGAAAUGUUUCUGACUCCCCUGGCCUCUUUCAUGCCGAAUUCUGAUGAUGUGUGAGGCAGGAAUUAUUUUAUAUCCCUGAGAAGAAUGACGUGUCCUGUAACAAUCUCAGGCAGACAUAAAUGCAGUAUUGUAUAACAAUGGAAAGAACAUGAGAGGUUGAAGUUCUGCCCUUGUUUUGUGCUCGUGCAGAUAUUUAUCAUUAACACCGGAGACGAGUGAAAGAAUGGAUUCUUUCCUUUUCAACAUACUGGGAGUGUUCCUCUUUUUGAGUAAAGCAAACAGUUACGUAAUUGCUGCAGUUCCAUGGGCUCAUAUAUCAGAGAUCCCCAACACAGAAUCCUGGGGGUGUCUUCCCGUGUGUUUCCUGCUGCUUGCUUAAAAAUCCAAAUAGAACAGCAAAAAGCAGGGAGCUUCAAGUUUCUUCCUACCAGCAGAUUAAGUAGCAAAGUUCUGAUUUCAUCCUGGGCAGAUGCCAUAAUUUUCUUAAAUUGCUGGCUUAGAAAUCUCUCCCUGUGGCUGCACAAAGCAAAUACUUUCCUGUCUUUGGAAACUGAAACCAAACAGCAUUUCCCCCCAAACCUAACAGCCAAUUUCCCCCAUUUGUCAGGUGCAGGAGGCUCUUUAAAAGAGUCCAGGAUUGUAUCAACAGGAUAGUAAAGAGUCCAG